CUUUCUAUAUGUUGUAGAGUUAUAUCAAGUUAUGUCAAGAUGUUCAGUCACCUUGAAGAGGCUUUUAUCAGAAAGGGGGAAACCUUUCUGAUAAAGGUUAAGGGGUAACCUUAAGCUGUUACCCCUCUGAAGGUAAAAUCAAGCUUUAUUCCUAGGACACCAACACCGGUGACUACCCAAGCUGAAAGCUUCCACCGAUUUCGACGAAGGUCGGGAAAGUCCAAUACCCGGCAAACUGGAUUUGCUGCCUUGGGCAGAGGUGGGCGGGUCCCCGCCUCUGGGCCUGGCGCAACGUUGAGCAGCUGGCGCGCCCCGCGCAGCCCCAGUCCUGCGCAGCUUCCCCAGACUCCGCACCAGCCGCGCUUCUCUCCGCCUGCAGGGCAUUCCAGAAAGAUGAGGAUAUUUGCUGUCUUUAUAUUCAUGACCUACUGGCAUUUGCUGAAUGCAUUUACUGUCACGGUUCCCAAGGACCUAUAUGUGGUAGAGUAUGGCAGCAAUAUGACAAUUGAAUGCAAAUUCCCAGUAGAAAAACAAUUAGACCUGGCUGCACUAAUUGUCUAUUGGGAAAUGGAGGAUAAGAACAUUAUUCAAUUUGUGCAUGGAGAGGAAGACCUGAAGGUUCAGCAUAAUAGCUACAGAGAGAGGGCCCGGCUGCUGAAGGACCAGCUCUCCCUGGGAAAUGCUGCACUUCAGAUCACAGAUGUGAAAUUGCAGGAUGCAGGGGUUUACCGCUGCAUGAUCAGCUAUGGUGGUGCCGACUACAAGCGGAUUACUGUGAAAGUCAAUGCCCCAUACAACAAAAUCAACCAAAGAAUUUUGGUUGUGGAUCCAGUCACCUCUGAACAUGAACUAACAUGUCAGGCUGAGGGCUACCCCACGGCCGAAGUCAUCUGGACAAGCAGUGACCAUCAAGUCCUGAGUGGUAAGACCACCACCACCAAUUCCAAGAGAGAGGAGAAGCUUUUCAAUGUGACCAGCACACUGAGAAUCAACACAACAACUAAUGAGAUUUUCUACUGCACUUUUAGGAGAUCAGAUCCUGACGAAAACCAUACAGCUGAAUUGGUCAUCCCAGAACUACCUCUGGCACAUCCUCCAAAUGAAAGGACUCACUUGGUAAUUCUGGGAGCCAUCUUAUUAUUCCUUGGUGUAGCACUGACAUUCAUCUUCUGUUUAAGAAAAGGGAGAAUGAUGGAUGUGAAAAAAUGUGGCAUCCGAGAUACAAACUCAAAGAAGCAAAGUGGUAAGAAUAUCAGAAGGAAUUGGGAAGUAAAAGGCAAAGGAAACAAAAAGCUAAAGCAAUAACAAAGGGAAAUCCAUCAGUCAUAAUCUCGUCUCCUUUUAAAGAAUGCUGGUUCCCCUUUGCCUCACAACGAAUACAAGAACUCCUCCACCGUCUGAGGAGGUUUAGGAGCAGGGAAGGGGAAGGAGUCAGCUUCUCUUUGCUAAUCUUCUGUUGCCCUGCACCCUAGCAGCUCCCUGCAGCAGGGGACAAGGAUGACUUAGGUGGAUGGAUAAUUAAUUGAUUCUAAAAUAUUGUGUGUCGGUAUUGUAAUACUAUGUUAACUGCGCCAUGCAUGAUAUCUCAUUUAAUUCCCCACCCCUUGCUAUUAACAAAAAGAGAGAGAGAGAAAUACUAGAAUUAUCCUCAUUUUACAGUAGAGAAAACAGAGGGUCAAGAAGAUAAUGUAAAGUGUCCAAGAACACACAGUUGAUCACAAAAAUCAAGCUUGGGGGCCAUUAGCCUAACCACAGACCCUUACUCUUAACCCAUCUGCUUCAAUCCAUUUUGCUACAAAUGUUUACAUUUAUAAGCAGGGCAGAAAAGCCUCAUCCAGUUUAUUGAAUUAAGAAGAAAAUUACAUUAAGGUUUCUAAUUUUUUUAAUGUACUUAGAAACCAAACUUAACAAUGAGCCCAAGUUUAAAGCAGUCUAAUUAACCUGGACAAGCUCAGGCAAGUUUCAUUCUGUGGCCCAUAGCAUCAUCUGUGUUGUAAAGCUAAGUAGCAAAUGUUGUUUGGGUCAUCCUGGGGGACAAGCCAUCCCAAUUUGCUCAGGACUGAGGGGUUUUUCAGGAUAUCAUGUAAGGAUAAUUGGGUACAAAUAUAACCUGCUGCCUUCUCUCAUUUCAAAUUUAUCAUUUAUCAUAUCAGCAACUAUGAGUUAUGUUUUUUAUUAGAUUUCUUGUUACUUUUUCCCCAGACUGCUCCCCAUGGAAUUAAUAUACUAUUAUCACUCUCCAGAUACACAAUUGGAGGAGACGUAAUCCAGCAUUGGAACUUCUGAUCUUCAAGCAGGGAUUCUCAACCUGUGGUUUGGGGGUUCAUCAAGUCUGAGCAUGACCAGAGGAAUGAAUGGGCCCGUGGGAUGCAGGCAAUGUAGGACUUAAAAGGCCUAAGCACUGAAAAUGGAACCUGGCGAAAGCAGAGGAGGAGAAUGAAGAAAGAUGGAGUCAAACAGGGAGCCUGGAGGGAGACCCUGAUACUUUCAAAUGCCUGAGGGGCUCAUCGACGCAUGUGACAAGGAGAAAGGAUACUUCUGAACAAGGAGCCUCCAAGCAAAUCAUCCAUUGCUCAUCCUAGGAAAACGGGUUGAGAAUCCCUAAUCUGAGGGUCAGUUCCUGCAGAAGUGCCCUUUGCCUCCACUCAAUGCCUCAAUUUGUUUUCUGCAUGACUGAGAGUCCUAGUGUUGGAAUGGGACAGUAUUUAUGUAUGAGUUUUUCCUAUUUAUUUUGAGUCUGUGAGGUCUUCUUGUCAUGUGAAUGUGGUUGUGAAUGGUUUCUUUUGAAGAUAUAUUGUAGUAGAUGUUACAAUUUUGUUGCCAAACUAAACUUGCUGCUUAAUGAUUUGCUCACAUCUAGUAAAACAUGGAGUAUUUGUAAGGUGCUUGGUCUCCUCUGUAACUACAAGUACACAUUGGAAGCAUAAAGAUCAAACCGUUGGUUGUAUAGGAUGUCACCUUUAUUUAACCCAUUAAUACUCUGGUUGACUUAAUCUUAUUCUCAGACCUCAAGUGUCUGUGCAGUAUCUGUUCCACUUAAAUAUCAGCUUUACAAUUGUGUGGUACCCUACACACAUAAUCUCAUUUCAUCGCUGUAACCACCCUGUUGUGAUAACCACUAUUAUUUUACCCAUUGUACAGCUGAGGAAGCAAACAGAUUAAGUAACUUGCCCAAACCAGUAAAUAGCAGACCUCAGACUGCCACCCACUGUUCUUUUAUAAUACAAUUUACAGCUAUAUUUUACUUUAAGCAAAUCAUUUAUUCAAAAAACAUUUAUUAAGUGCCCUUGCAGUAUCAAUCACUGUGCCAGGCAUUGAAUCUACAGAUGUGAGCAAGACAAAGUACCUGUCCUCAAGGAGCUCAUACUAUAAUGAGGAGAUUAAUAAGAAAAUGUAUUAUUACAAUUUAGUCCAGUGUCCCCAUCGCAUAAGGAUGAUGUGAGGAGAAAACCCGAACAGUGUUGCCAAGAGGAGGAAAUAGGCCAAUGUGGUCUGGGACAGUUGGAUAUACUUAAACAUCUUAAUAAUCAAGUAAUUUUCAUUUACAAAGAGAGGUCGGUACUUAAAAUAACCCUGAAAAAUAACACUGGAAUUCCUUUUCUAGCAUUAUAUUUAUUCCUGAUUUGCCUUUGCCAUAUAAUCUAAUGCUUAUUUAUAUAGUCUCUGGUAUUGUUUAAUAGUUCUGUCUUUUCUAUUUAAAUGCCAUUAAAUUUUAAAUUCAUACCUUUCCAUGAUUCAGAAUUCAAAAGAUCCCAUGAGAGAUGGUUGGAAAAUCUCCACUUCAUCCUCCAAGCCAUUCAAGUUUCCUUUCCAGAAGCAAAUGCUACUGCCUUUUAUUCAUAUGUUCUUCUAAAGAUAGUCUACAUUUGGAAAUGUAUGUUAAAAGCACGUUAUUUUUAAAAUUUUUUUCCUAAAUAGUAACACAUUAUAUGUCUGCUGUGUACUUUGCUCUUUUUAUUUAUUGUAGUGUUUCUUAUAUAGCAGAUGGAAUGAAUUUGAAGUUCCCAGGGCUCAGGACCAAUGCCUUCUUUGUUUCUAAGUUAUCUUUCCCAUAACUGUUCAUUAUCUUUCAUAUGAUUCAGUACAUGUUAAAUAUGUGCUACAUAUACAUUUAUACAACCGGCAUUUGUUAAGUAUUUGCCCUAGGACUGAGUUUGAUUUGUUUAUGUUUGCUCAAAAGGAGACCCAUGGGCUCUCCAGGGUGCGCUGAGUCAAUCUAGUCCUAAAAAGCAAUCUUAUUAUUAACUCUGUAUGACAGAAUCAUAUCUGGAACUUUUGUUUUCUGCUUUCUGUCAAGUAUAAACUUCACCUUGAUGAUGUACUUGAAAAAUCGCAUUUUCUUUCUGGAAAUUCCAGCAGUGUACCUUGACUGCUAGCUACCCUGUGCCAGAAAAGCCUCAUCCGUUGUGCUUGAACCCUUGAAUGCCACCAGCUGUCAUCACUACACAGGCCUCCUAAGAGGCUUCCUGGAGGUUUUGAGAUUCAGAUGCCCUGGGAGAUCCCAGAGUUUCCUUUCCCUCUUGGCCAUAUUCUGGUGUCAAUGACAAGGAAUACCUUGGCUUUGCCACAUGUCAAGGCUGAAGAAACAGUGUCUCCAACAGAGCUCCUUCUGUUAUCUGUUUGUACAUGUGCAUUUGUACAGUAAUUGGUGUGACAGUGUUCUUUGUGUGAAUUACAGGCAAGAAUUGUGGCUGAGCAAGGCACACAGUCUACUCAGUCUACUCCUAAGUCCUAACUCCUCCUUGUGGUGUUAGAUUUGUAAGGCACUUUAUCCCUUUUGUCUCAUGUUUCAUCGUAAAUGGCAUAGACAGAGAUGAUACCUAAUUCUGCAUUUGAUUGUCACUUUUUUACCUGCAUUAAUUUAAUAAAAUAUUCUUAUUUAUUUUGUUACUUGGUA